GGGAAUAGAAAUAUUACUAAAGAAGUACCUCUAAGUCUAAAUUUUAGUAGACCACAUCUUUACUCUAUGUUAUUGACAACUGUCAAAUACCUAUCAAAGUCAAAGUCACUUAGCGUAUUACGGGAAAAUAGCUAAUGUGACCGAAAAUAUUCCGAAAAAUACUGCGCCGAAAGGAGAAUUUGGCCUAUGUUAUAAAUAACAUUUUUUGUUUUAUGAAUUCAGUGCAUUUUAGUAGUCCUUUGAAGAAAGAUAGGGGUGUAAGAUGUGUUGUGUGUUAAAAAAUAGUGUCAAUGUAACGAUGCAUUUAUCAGAGUGGGUUUGAGUAUUAUCUCUGUUGGCGUCCUCUUGUUUUUUAUGGUUCAAGUUUACGAUGGCAACAGUCGAAGAGACAGUUAAAGUGGCGGUGGUGACUGACCGAUUACCAAAUAUUAUACGUUGUUCUAGUAACUCAACCGCGGAGGAGUUAUGCAUAAUUUUAUGUAAAAAGUAUAAAAUCCCUCCACUGACUCGGACGUUGUUUGCGUUACGAGUCAAAGGGAGAGACUAUUUUCUUAAAGAUAACGCCAAAGUUCUGGCCAGCACCAGGGACUAUGAGCUCAGAAUACGGUUCAAGGUACCAAGACUGGAACUCUUAGUGACACUGGAUGAGACUACAUAUGAUUAUUAUUUCCUCCAAGCUCGUAGCGAUGUAUAUGAGAACAGAAUACCUGAAAUUAAAUACCCUGAACACAAAAAAGAGAUGCUUGGACUUGGUAUUGCUGAUAUGACACGCGCCACUGCCGAAGAAAAAUUGUCGGUAAACGACGUUGUGAGGGAUUACAAAAAAUAUAUACCAAAAGUGAUUGUAAGGAGACACGGUCACGUCGCAAAGAAACACGCACACGACCAACUGCCGAAACUGUGCUCCGUGGGGCAUAAUGUCAACUACAUAAAGAACUUGUACUUGCAACAACUGUACAUAAUGGCCCCUAACUACUUGGCGGAGGAGUACGACAAUGUUCUGUGGCAGAACGGCAACGAUGUGACCCCGGUGCGGAUCGUGGUGGCACCGUUCCACCCUCACCAGUCAGGCAUGAGGAUGUAUAACACGGUGAAGAGAGAGUGGAAUCACGUAUGUAGAAUAGAAGAACUUAUUUAUUUGACGAGAAACGGGGAAAAUUCUUUAGAAAUAUCAAGAAGAGGUACUCCGUUGUUUUUUAAGUUUAAAUCGGAGGAACAAUUAUCCUCGUUUAUAUCGAUUUGUGACGGAUAUUAUAGAUUAAUGGUAAAAUGGACGUUUAAUCUAUCGAAAGACGACGAAACGCCCUCGUUAAAGGAACUACAAAGAAUUAAAUGUCACGGGCCGGUCGGGGGUGCGUUUUCUUAUCGUAAGUUGGAAGAGAAACGCGCAAAGAAACAUGGCUGUUAUAUAUUGAGGCAAUGUCAGGAUGACUACAAUGUUUACUAUUUGGACGUCUGUACUAAGAACAGUACAACAGAGACAUAUAGAAUAGAGUUCAAAGGUCACUGCUACGUGGUCAAUAAUGAAGAGUAUUAUAGCAUUGAAAGGCUCGUAGGAUGUCAUCAGAACCCAGAAGGCAGAAUAUUUUUGAACGAAUGUAUACCCCCCUCAGAAUAUGACAAAUCGCAGCUGUUACUGUGUGGUGAACCAGUGAAAAGGGGCGUACGUAUUGACCAGGCGGAGUUGCAGGAAAUUCUUAAGGACAACAGGAGCCCGCGGUGCUUGCCUAACAAAGAUAUUCUAUUAUAUACAGGUUCGGAAAAGGUCGGUUCAGAAAACAUAACAGCGACAUACAAAGCUUUAUGGCGGCUUGAUGAAACUAAAAAACUUCUCGUGGCUUUCAAGACGCUGCAGAGAGAGAAGGCUAAUGAUCAUCUUAAGGAAUUCGUGGAGUUGGCCAGCAAGUGGGCGUGCGUGCAGUCUAGCUCGAUGGUCCGCCUGUACGGAGUCACGCUCAGCUCGCCGACCGCGCUCGUACUCGAGUACUUGCCAUACGGACCCUUUGAUGAUUACCUCAGAGAGAACGAGGACCGCAUAAAGCCCCUCCACCUGAAGAAGGUGGCGGCGGGGCUGGCGCGCGCGCUGUGGGACCUGUCGGAGGCGGGCGUGGUGCACGGCUACAUCCGCUGCCGCCGCCUGCUGCUGGCCGCGCACGACGGCGACCGCAUGCUCGUCAAGCUGUCCGGGCCCACGCUGCGACACUACACCAGCCAGGAUGUCCAUUGGAUGCCAGUUGAAUUCUUCUCAGACAUGAGUCUGGCUAAACGGUCGGUGAUGGGCGACAUCUGGGCGUUCGCGACCACGCUGUGGGAAGUCUUCUCGUAUGGACAGUCGCCUACCGAAACUAAUCCAGUUUUAACAGCGAGGAGUUACGAGAUGGGCGACCGGCUGCUGCGGCCGGCGCGCUGCCCGGGCGAGGUGUGGGCGCUCAUGCGGCAGUGCUGGCAGCCCGACCCGCUGCGCCCGCAGGAGAUCAUGCGGGACAUGAACCACAUGCUGCACAGGGAAUACGUCCCGAUACACGAGUACGAGGAGCCAAAGAUAUCUCUUGAACAUAUGGAACAUACUGAAACUGUGUCAAGUGACAGGUUCAUCCCGAGCGAGUUGAGUGACGCGGGUAGCAAUAAGUCAUUGAUAUCUGACAGCAGUGUCCUGUCCAUGAACGGUACCAUGUCCGACCAGUACGAUAACCCGUUCGCGGACAACAAAAGCUCAAACUCUUUGGAGAGCAUGAAUGGCCUUCCUUACGCUCUCCGCGGUGAGUUACGGUCGCGGUCGAGCGGCAGCGUGGCGGGCGCGGCGCGGGCCAUCGACGACGACCUCGAUGAUGAUGCUACCCCGGCGCCGCGGCUUAUGGAGAGCAUCGUGUCGCAGGGGAAGACCUACCUCGUGACUCUCACUAAGAAGAUUGGUAGUGGAAACUACGGUCACGUUUUCAAAGGUUGGAUGGAGCGUGACAAUCAAGAAUCUCAAAGAAGAGAAGUGGCUGUGAAGAAGUUGACGCGGCAAGCCUCCGAGAGGAACGGCACGUUAUAUGAAGACUUCAAAAACGAAUUGGAAAUUAUGAAGUCACUGCAACACAUCAACAUAGUGGAGAUCCUGGGCUACUCGUGGGACCACGGCUCGGACGUGCUCAUCGUGAUGGAGUACCUGGAGGAGGGCUCGCUCAACUACUACCUCAAGUUCCAGGGAGACAAGCUUCGUAUCUCGCAUCUGCUUAAAUAUGCUAGGGAUAUCGCAACGGGUAUGGAUCACGUGUCCGCCAAAAACGUGGUGCACCGCGACUUAGCUACUAGAAACAUUCUGGUAGUGAACAAAUAUCACGUGAAGAUAUCGGACUUCGGUCUCGCGAGGAUCAUUCCGAAGGAGGAGACCGCCUACAGACUUAAGACUGAACGACUACUGCCUAUAAACUGGUACGCGCCGGAGUCCGCGGUGGAGCCGUGGCACUUCUCCACGAAGAGCGACGUGUGGUCGUACGGCGUGACGGCGUGGGAGAUCUUCACGCGCGCUCGCCAGGAGGUGCCCAAGUUCAACGUCGACCGGCCGCGCGAGAGGGCCUCAUGCUUUCAAAUCCCGGAAGGGUGUCCGUCUGAGAUAUUCAGGCACCUGAUGAAGGACUGUUGGAAUCUCGACCCGAACUUGCGACCCAAGUUCAUUGACCUCGUGCAUAUGUGCAAGCGAUUUAUGGACGAAUACAAAUGAGCAUUUUAUUUUGUUUGUUACACGUGAUUGCUUCAAUAACGCACAGCAAUAGUUGAUAAUUGCGACUUUUAUGAAUAAUUGUCAACCAGCAUCAACCUGUGAUGACGUCUGAUAGUAUGAAUGGUAUCUGUAUAUCAAUAUGUGUUGAAAAAGCUAUCAAUAAGUGUGUGUGUUAUUGAUAAAAUGUCUGUGUUGCCACCCUAUAUGAGUUUUGAGAAAUCGUUACAAAGUAUUUUGUUACUCAGACUUAGUACCAAUUUGAAAUUUCAUACAAUUAAUUGGAAUAGUUUUGGAAUGAAUCUGUUAGUUAAAAUAUUAUAUUGUUGUAUAUUUAGAGGCCAUAUUUCACGAUAUGUAUUUUGUUAUAUUUGCGCUAUUGCACAAACUGUAUCGAUCGAUUACUGUUUAAAAUGUAAGUAUGUGUUUUUGUGGUUCCUCGAAGCAUUUGCCUUAGUCCUGUAUAUUAUUAACUAUUUGUAAAUAUUUAUACACGAGUUAUUUUAGACUGUAAAAAGGAUUAUUGACUGACUGACUGACUGACUGACAUAUCGACGCACGGUUAACGCACUAAUCGAGCUGAAUCCGUGGUUUUUUCAUCCAGGAUCGUUUUGAUGUUGUAGUUUUACACUUAUAUAGCAUUUUUUGUUUAAUUGACCCCUAUUUCGGUGUCAUGAUAGGUUUUUCGAAUAUGUCACUAUUAGGUCGUAAAAAUACCUGUUUUCAAGAUUCGUUAAAUUUGAGAUUAUUAUUAGAAGGUAAAAGUUUAUACAAACCUUGACAGAGGACGAAACCAACAUUCAGACACAUUGACUGCUGGCGAAGGUUUAAUAUUAAAUUAUUUCACUAAUAUUAUGAAGGGUGGAAUCUAUUCUGUCAUUAAGAAAGUGCUGCUAUCAAUUUUAUUUCACCCCAUAGCUUGUAUAUUUCAAAUCAAUUAAGUAUGAUGUUAAAACUUAACUUUUGACGUAAUUUUUACUUGCCGUGUAUAAUUGUGACUAAUUUCAAAGUCAAUUUUAGUGUAAGGAAUGUUUAAAGAAUCAUUUUUUUUUAUCAAUUUCGCUAGUCUAACUAAUUUAAGUCUUAAAAACAUGUUAUUGUUAAUUUAACUCAUCUUUGCGUAUGGCGCCAUGUGUAAGUAAACCUUGUAAAUAUGCAGUGACAUUGUCACACAAAUAAAAGUUUCAAUAAUCACCAGUCGCGGCCUGCACACACAGUGUCACAAGCACAGAUGAGUUGAACUUCCUGCAAGUUCGUGAAAUCGAUGUUCAAUUGUUAAAAUAUAUUAAAUGUGUAAUCAAUUAUAAAUAGGUGUUGAUGAUCCCGUGACGUGAUUGUGACGAUCGAUGACUGUACCAAGAGAACUGUUGUCAGUGUGGAAGCGAGGCAUCGCAUUAUACCGCGCGUAGUAGCUCGCGCUAUCUUGCCGUCUCGCUUCCGCAACGGCAGUAGUCAUACUUCUAAAGCUCAUAGUAAGUGUGCAGAGUUUUUUGAGUUAGAGUUUUGUGACAGAAAAUCAGGAGCGUUUUGCAGAAUGAUCACUUCGAUCGUUUCACUAUAAAACCAAAGAUGAUAUUAAAAUAUGAACAUAAAAUCUAGAGAACAAUUAUUAUAAGAUUUAUUGUGUAUAUUUCUCUUUUAAUUUAAAUUUUAUUCGUAAGUUUUGCAAUUCACUGUUGUGACAAAUAAAUGUAGUUAUAAAUUUUAGUUAGGUACAAAAAUAUAAU